GUUCCUAACCAUGCUCUGUGGCCCUUUGCACUUACUGAGAUCAACUUGGAGCAGCCAGCGAGCAGCAUUCAUCAUGGCCUCCUCUCCCGCUUUACUGAUGAAGUUGGUGGCAUCUGCCUAUUCCGUAGCAGAGAAAGCUGGGACGAUAGUUAGGGACGUGAUGAGUGCCGGAGAUCUGGGUAUAGUAGAGAAGACAGGAGCAAAUGACUUGCAGACUGCAGCUGAUCGCCUGGUGCAACAGAGUAUAUGUGCCUCCCUCGCAAAGAAAUUCCCCAAAUUGACCAUCAUCGGAGAGGAGGAUCUGCCCUCUGAGGAAGUGGAAGAUAACUUGCUUGCAUUGGGGCAAUCUGAGGAAAUUCUCAAGCACUCCUGCCCCUCUCAGUACAGUGGCAUCAAAGAAGAAGAGAUUGUGGUGUGGGUGGACCCUCUGGAUGGAACAAAAGAAUACACAGAAGGUUUGCUGGACCAUGUGACUGUGCUGAUUGGAAUUGCAUAUGAAGGAAAGGCCAUUGCUGGGGUAAUAAACCAGCCAUAUUAUAACUAUCAGGCUGGUAACAAUGCAGUGCUUGGAAGAACAAUCUGGGGAGUUCUGGGAAUCGGUGCCUUUGGCUUUGAGCUGAAAGAAGUUCCUGCUGGGCAGCAUAUCAUCACCACCACUCGCUCUCACAGCAGCAAACUGGUGAAUGACUGUAUCGCUGCCGUCAACCCUGAUAAGGUGGUUCGAGUGGGUGGAGCAGGAAAUAAGGUCAUACAACUUAUUGAGGGACAAGCAUCUGCCUAUGUGUUUGCAAGUCCCGGCUGUAAGAAAUGGGACACCUGUGCUCCAGAGGCGAUUCUGCAUGCGGUAGGAGGCCAGCUCACUGAUAUUCAUGGAAACCAAUUCCAAUACCAUAAGGAUGUGAAGCACAUGAACUCAGCCGGGGUGCUUGCUGCUCUGCGAAAUUUUGACUAUUACUUCUCCCGUGUACCUGAUUCUGUGAAACAAGCUCUGGUGCCUUAAAUGCAAAGACUUCUGGGAGGGUAUUCGGUAAAUGCUAAAGCCAGGCUUCCCUUGUUAACUCUACAGGAGCCAAAAAGGAUGUUUGCGUUGGUCUAUAGUGAAUAUAUUCCCUUUCCCCCUAGGGGUGGUUUACCUUCAGGUUAACUUUUAGUAUGUUAUAGAAUGUCCAAUUCUAAGCAAAUUUUCAAGUGGUCUUCAUUAUUUUUUUUAUUUUUUUUUACAGUUUUUGAAUUAUUUGACUUCCUCUCCUGACUGUUUCCAGCUUUCAAAAGGGGGUCACUGACCCCAUCUAAAAACAAAUGCUCUGUAAAUCUACGCAUUUAUUGAUAUCGCUACUUUUUAUUACUCCUCUUUCUGUUUUCCGACCCUCUCCUAUUAAUAUUCCACAUUCUCAUUUAAAUCAAUGCAUGGUUGCUAGGGUAAUUUGGGCCCUAGCAACCAGAUUGCUGACACUGCAAACUGGAAUGCUGCUGAGUAAUAACCAAUUGCAAAUAGACUCAGAAUAUCACUCUCUACAUCAUACUAAAAGUUAACACAAAGGUGAACAACCCCUUUAACCAUUUUUUUGUAGAAGGGGCUGCUAUUUAGAAGAUGUUGCAGCCUAUCCUGGUAUGAAAUAUUAUACAUAGAAUUAUUUGUUUAUAAUGAAUAUAGAAUCAAAUGGCAGAACUAUUCAUGCUAGAGAGAUCUAGGCUACUAAAAAUAGCACCUUUCAGUUAUACUAAGGUUUCUGAGGAAAGUAUAUUACAAUAUUAUGACUUUACAUACAUCAAUAGACUCUUAGGCUAUAGCUCUAAAUGGGGGAUUUUUACUUCCAUAAAUACUAAGGUAAUCUAUAAUUUGCAUAUGCAAAUUAGGGGUGGGAAGGCGAAAACAUUUUUUACUUCCUUGUUUUGUGUCACACGAUUUCCCUCUUUUCUCCUAAUUUGCAUAUGCAAAUUCGGAUACGGUUCGGCCGUACAGAAGGACUGCUGAAAAAGGCCGAAUACUGAACCGAAUCCUGGAUUCAGUGCAUCCCUACAUAAUAGUAAUAAAAAAAAAAGUUCAACCAAACUUGAUUUAAUCGGAUCGUGAAAAAAUUUAUAAAAUCUAGCAAAAACUUGAAUCACUCGAUUUUUUUUUACAGUUGUUUUUCCCCCGAAAAGGUCGGAUUUUUGGGCUAAACCCAUCGAAGACCAUGAUAACUUCAAUUUGUGAUAGGUGCCUCUCCCAUUGACUUAUACAGGACCUUGACUGGUGUGAGAUGGCGGAUUUUCAGAUUCUGGCUUUUUGCAGCAUCAGGGUAUAAUAAAUUUUGAAAAAUUUGAGGGUUUUCCUGGGAAAAUGUGAGUUUUGCCCCUAAAAGCCCAACCAGAUAAAAUUAGAGGUUUAAUAAAUAACACCUGAGGAGGCACAUUUAUAAAAGGUUGAUAUUCGAAUUUGAGUUUUUUUUUAAACUCUUUUAAAUUCAAAUAUACUUGAAAUCCGAUUGGUGGGUUAUUUGAUAAAAAAAACAAAACGAAUAUCUAAAACUCGCACUAAAUUUAGUGAAUCGAAUUCGAAUGGAAUACGACUAAACUUGAUUUGAGUUUUUUUCUCCAAAAAAAAA